UAAGUAAAGAGAUAGUGGUUGUUUUAGCUGGUAAAGUGGAUGCAUUAACCUCGUGUUCAUUAUUAUUAACCUAUGCUUAGUGAGAUAUGAAGGAAGUGAUAUUAGCUAUUAUAACCUUCGUAUGUAGCGUAUUUUUAGUUUUUGUCUUUGUGUUAUUUUGUUGGUACAUUGUGUGGAAGUGUUGUCUGUCGAAGUUCCGAUUCGUGCGCGAGCUUCUAGGUGGUAUGUCAGAUAGCCCCCCGGCAUCUGAGAUCAGGCAGCCUAGUAAAACAAGGAAAACUCGAAGAGAAUAAUUUAAAAAAAAAAACACAAGAUGAAUAUUCGGUGUGCGAGGCCAAGUGACCUGAUGAAUAUGCAGCACUGCAAUCUGCUGUGCUUGCCUGAAAACUACCAAAUGAAGUACUAUUUCUACCAUGGACUGUCAUGGCCACAACUCAGCUAUGUUGCUGAGGAUGAGAAGGGACACAUUGUUGGCUAUGUAUUAGCUAAAAUGGAAGAGGAUGGUGAAGACAACCGCCAUGGUCACAUCACAUCCCUGGCCGUAAAGCGGUCGCACCGUCGCCUUGGGCUUGCACAGAAACUUAUGAACCAAGCUUCACUUGCUAUGGUGGAAUGUUUUCAGGCUAAAUAUGUAUCCCUACACGUGAGAAAAAGCAACAGAGCAGCUCUCAACUUGUACACCAACAGUCUUGGCUUCAAAAUCCUAGAGAUUGAGCCCAAGUACUAUGCUGAUGGAGAAGAUGCCUACUCCAUGAUGCGUGACCUCAGCGCCUUUGCUGCAGAAAGCAAAGACACCCAGCCUACUGAGAACCUGGAAAUCAAAUCUGAAUCAGCCAUUAUAUCACAGUGCUGAUUGAUAUUUAUGUAAAUAAAGCAUUUAACACUAAUUUAA